CUUUCUUUCGAGAUGGCUGUCACGUUCAGGGCUCUAUCUCACUCGCGUGACACCUCUUUUUCUUAUCUUCCGGGGUCCACGAGAUUACUGCAGGGCUGUCUCCUUUUCCGACAAGGCUGAGAUAUACCCUGGUAAUAGCGGAAUUAAUGAUAAUCUUGUCGCAACAUCAAUCCACCUCUUCGAUUAGAAAAUCUCCUGCCUCCAAAGCAAAGGAUACCUCCUCACAGAUUAUGCUACCGUCAUAGGAGAGCAUUAGGCGCUGCUUUACAUUCCGUCAAUAAUACGCAAUCAUCACACAAGCUUCCAAUUCAGAUAUGGCCUCCUCCAACAGUCCCCUCCUGGCCGACCGACCAACAACAUCCUCCUCAUACGGCAGUCAAUACCAGACAGAACCCGACGAACAGACCUCUCUCCUCUCCCGCAUCCCCAAGAUCCCCAGCCUCCCAACCUUGAAAUUCAACUACAAGCCUAAUUUCAAACGUCCAAACCUCAACAUCAACUUCAACACCUCUCGAUUCACGCCCACCCUUCCCUUCACCAGCACCUUCCACCCAACACUCCACCUGCGCACCGCCGCAUUCAUCCUCCUUCUCCCCUCAUUCAUCCUCUUCACACUCCUCGGUCCCGCCUUUUCCCCCGUCAUCGUCUUCCUCUCCUUCGCAUUAGCUCGCCAGCUAUUCAUCCUGAUCGCGCAUUUCAGCGCGAAUAUAGUGAUAAUACGGAUUGAGGUUGUGCAUUCGAGGCUGAAGGCUGCGAGUGAUAAGGCGAGGGAGAAAUGGGUGAAGAGGAGCGUGGCGGCGGGGGUGGAUGGCGUGGUGUUGGUGGGGUUGUUGGUUACGUUGGCGGUGGUUACGAAGGGGGUGGAUGUUUGUGGGAGUGGGUGUAAGAUUGAGGAGGCGGGUGUUGUGUUGGGGUUUUUGGGAUUUGGUUUGCUCUUGAUAUCUGUGCCUGAUUUUGGAAAUCCGGAAUUGGUUACUAUGGUAGUCUCGAUUGAGAAGCCGGUUACUGGUAUACUGAAGCUGGCGACAAGUUUGGACUUUGGCGAGGCCGAGGCCGAGGAGAGUGAGGAGUGUGAGGAGGGAGGCUCAAGUGGGAAGAGCGGCUCACGAGUUCAUGGUGAGAUUGUCUAGAACACUUCUAGUCUUGGACGAGGCUGCAACGAUUGCCUGAAGUCGAGGCAAUGUAGACGAGGGGGGCUCAAGGAUUCAGUACUGGGCGGUGGAUGUUUCUGCAGUUGUUGUGUUAGCGCUCUUGUCUGAUUCGAUUAUACCCCGUUUUUGAUUUUGAGACCUUGGUUCAUUCUCAUGAAGUUUAACAAACUUGGUAACAAAGAAUUCUCAUGAUGCUAUCAGAUGAGGGAUAUGAAGCUGCUGGACUGAAUGGACUGAAUGGAGUGAAUUUUUAGUCCGACAUUGCGAUAUGCAACAAAACUACCAGUGACACAAAAACAAGCGAACAAAUGUAGACUUUUGCUGCAUAUCGCAAUUUUCUGGCUCAAAUACUGGCUCAAAAACCGGCUCAGCAAAGCCAGAUUUGAUCAAGUGAGCCAAAUGAGGAUUCUGGAAAGACGGUCGAUUUUGUUGAUAUUGCCAAGAUCUCCAGCAGCUCGAGUAGAUGGAGGAAAAGCUACCAUGCUAAAUUACGUUCGGGAAUGCAUUCGCGGACUCGAGUAUUCAUUCCAGUCCAAUGGGAAUGACAUUGUUGACUUUCUGGAUAUGCCAAUAAGCAAAGCUAAGCGAGACGAGUGACUAAAUGUGGG